AUGUCGGCGGGCUUUGCGAAGCGGGUCCUGGUGACCGGGGGUGCUGGUUUCAUUGCAUCCCAUGUGAUUGUUUCUUUAGUAGAAGAUUAUCCAAACUAUAUGAUCAUAAAUCUAGACAAGCUGGAUUAUUGUGCAAGCUUGAAGAAUCUUGAAACCGUUUCUAACAAACAAAACUACAAAUUUAUACAGGGUGACAUAUGUGAUUCUCACUUUGUGAAACUGCUUUUUGAAACAGAGAAAAUAGAUAUAGUACUACAUUUUGCUGCACAAACACAUGUAGAUCUUUCAUUUGUACGUGCCUUUGAGUUUACCUAUGUUAAUGUUUAUGGCACUCAUGUUUUGGUAAGUGCUGCUCACGAAGCCAGAGUGGAGAAAUUUAUGUAUGUCAGCACAGAUGAAGUGUAUGGAGGCAGUCUUGAUAAGGAAUUUGAUGAAUCUUCACCCAAACAACCUACAAAUCCUUAUGCAUCAUCUAAAGCAGCUGCUGAAUGUUUUGUACAGUCUUACUGGGAACGAUAUAAGUUUCCAGUUGUUAUCACAAGAAGCAGUAAUGUUUAUGGACCACAUCAAUAUCCAGAAAAGGUUAUUCCAAAGUUUAUUUCUUUACUACAACAUAACAGGAAAUGCUGCAUUCACGGAUCAGGGCUUCAAACAAGAAAUUUCCUUUAUGCUACUGAUGUAGUAGAAGCAUUUCUCACUGUCCUCAAAAAGGGGAAACCAGGUGAAAUUUAUAACAUUGGAACCAAUUUUGAAAUGUCAGUUGUCCAGCUUGCCAAAGAACUAAUACAGCUGAUCAAAGAGACCAAUUCAGAGUCUGAAAUGGAAAAUUGGGUUGAUUAUGUUAAUGAUAGACCUACCAAUGACAUGAGAUACCCAAUGAAGUCAGAAAAAAUACAUGGCUUGGGAUGGAGACCUAAGGUGCCUUGGAAAGAAGGAAUAAAGAAAACAAUUGAAUGGUACAGAGAGAAUUUUCACAACUGGAAGAAUGCAGAAAAGGCAUUAGAACCCUUUCCAGUACAACCUCCAUUUACCUAGUCAGGACAGUUUUCAGUGAAAGAAGAAAAUUAUCCUACCUCGACAAGUGAUUCGAAAUCAAGUGACCAAAUGAAGUAUCCUCUUUUCAUAUGGAAUUAAAUUCAUGACUUUUGUAUAAAAUUCAAAUCCAAAAUGCCUCAAUCUUUGGAAUACAUUCAGUAUUGGCACAGGAUUUAAAUAUCAAAAUUCUGUCAGAAACCCUUUCUCGUGGAAAUUAGGAAACAGUAGGCAUAGAAAGACUCUCCCCAGGAGUGGACCAGGAAGGAGAAGCCCCCUGGUUCUGAGAACAAGGACUGGCAGUGGCACUGGGCAGAUGGCACCUUCGCUGGCUUUGAACUCAGUCAGCCUCCCAGCCUUUCCCAAUGCCUAGAAAGUCUCUGAAGUUUUCAUUUUUAGGCAAUAUAGGAUGAGUUUUAUGCCCUAAUUCUUCUUUUUUUUAAGGUCUGAUAUGGUAUAAUUGCUUUAAAAAUGG